AUGUAUCGCAGCUCGCCCUACGAUUACUGGAAGCAGGAUUCACAGCUAUACCAACAAGUAGAAGCAUCAAAUGUUUGCAGAACUACCGAUCAUGCACAGUCGACUUCUCAGCCUCACCAACACUUCCCACAUGCUGUACUUGAGAAUUCUCAUGGUGAUUCUACACCGGUUGCUCCCCAACAUCACGUUGCGUGUGACAGUGGCUCGAUAAUCGAAGACCAAAUAUAUGUUCCGAUCCCGACACUCGGACUACCCCCUCUCGAUCAGGGGAUAGCUCAUGGUGACAUUCAAAGUGGUGCUGCUGGAUGGCAUCCACGCCACGUUUCUUCCAGUUAUUCUUCCUAUGCCCUUUCCGACUAUUUGCCUGCCCACAAUACAGGCUUCUCUGACACAAACCUUGCCGACCCAUGGCUUAUAUCACCCAUGAAAGAGUUCCAGCAUGACCCACGUCAUCAAUUCCAGGAAGAGGUUUACGCUCAUCCUCAACAUGUCGUCAAGGAUGGUGGGACAGAAUCACACGUCGGUCCCAGGACCAGGGAACAUAUGUUAUCACACCAUUUCAAGUCACCUUUGCCCGCCGACAGCCGCUUGGAAUGUCUGUGGGAGGGCUGUGAACUCCACAAGUAUGUGCGGCGAGAUACAAUCAUCCGCCACAUCGACGAGAUACAUCUCGGACUCAAGUAUCGAUGCAAGCACUGGGUAGCUUCUCAUGCUGGGACCAGUUUCUGUGGAUCUCGCAAAGAGGCACGCCUGCGUCAAUGA